GCUGCACACAGGGAACAGGAAAGAGCCGGCGCUGAUCGCAAGUUCCUGGCUGCACUGAGUCACCUCUCCCGGGGACCGGGACACUAUGAGGACAUUGUCACCUACAGGAGCCCGGGCAAGGUGAUCGCGAGCAGGUGGACGAGCCAGUGAUCCCGAAUCCGAAGUGGCCGAGCUGCGGAUUGUUACCUGCUCACCAUGUCUGAUCCUGAGGAGGGAGGGGGGUGGCCAUUGUGCUGCUGGGAGCACUAAGUAACAGGGCCGCUGCGGCUCUUACUGCUCCGUGUGCACUGAGCUCCUACAAACUUCUCUGCUGGAUGCGGUAGUGGAUCCCAGGCUGGAGGAGAGGACCUGCUAUGUAGCUGAGAGGACCUGCACCAUCCAUAGAGAAUAGCUGCCCAGCACCAUGGAGAACCUGGAGACCAGGGCUGGGCAUGACAGGUUCCUGCCUGAUGACCUGAGAGCUCACCCUGGCAUGGUGGACCAAGGACAGACCAUGAUGAUGGAGAGGAAACUGGUAGAAAGCUAUAGGCUGGUGGAGGUCUUCCUUACAGGAGGGGCACCAUGGGGAUUUACCUUGAAGGGUGGCAAAGAACAUGGAGAACUUCUUAUCAUUACUAAGGUUGAAGAAGGGAGCAAAGCUGCCGAGUUAUUAAUGGCUGGAGAUGAAAUAAUGAAUAUCAAUGAUAUACCACUCUCCGGAUACCGCCAGGAGGCAAUCUGUCUGGUAAAGGGAUCUCACAAAUCAUUGAAAAUGGUUGUGAAAAGGAAAAAUGAUAUUGCAUAUAGACCUCAUUCUUGGCACUCAACAAAAUUCAUUGAAAAUCCAAUGGAGGCUUUGACGGCACAGCUCGCCAACUCAAACUUCAACCCCUCAUGUGGCAACAGGUAUUAUUCCAGCUCGUCAUCUCAUGACCUAUCAAACUCUUGGGACCAAACCAACUUACAUAGAACAUCUGGACAUUUUAGUUCAGUGGGAAGCAUGGACAGUAUUGACCAGACCUACCAUUUUGGCAGACUGUCUUCUGCCAAAUCUAAUAACAGCAUAGAUUAUAUCGGUAACCACAGUAAGAGAGAUUCAGCAUAUGGGUCGUUUUCUACCAGCUUUAUCACCCCGGAACAUACACUAUCUAAAAGUGGAUCUGUUUCAACCGAAAAUAUAUUGUAUAAAAUUAAUGAAUGGGACAAUGUAAAACAAGGCCAAGGAAAUAAUGAUCAGUUCCUACAUGAAACCAGGGAAACAGAAGAUAAACAGGGAUACCAGUCUCCUUCUACAUUCCAUGAACGUAACAAGUCUCAAAGAGUGGAUGAUAAUAUAGAUACAAAACAUUCUGGAAGAUCAAGUUUUGGACCAGUUUGGCAUGUUCCUGAUAAGAAGAAAACAUCCUCUUCACCUCCUCCACCACCACCUCCACUCCGCAGUGAUAGUUAUACCAUAACUAAAACCCACGAGAAACCUCCUCAUCCACAGUCAGAACUGCCAGGCACACAGCACUUUAAUGUUGCAAACAGGUCUCAUUCAAGACUUGAGUGGAAUUCAGAUCUUCCUGAAUAUCAGCAAAGACCUAGUAAAGGACCAGAUAGAAACAUAGCGGAUGUGAGUCGAAUUAGUAAUUCUUCUUACCAGUCUGAGAUCAAUUUGGAUCAGAUGGCGUCCUAUCAAAACAAUGCACCUCAUUCCAAUAGGUUACAGCUCUCUCUCUCCACCACGGAUGUAAGGUUUGCACAGCCGUCUUAUAAUUACCAUCACCAGCGUCAGUACAGUGAUGAAAGCACUUUUUUUCAAGGCUCAAGAGCCUCCAUUAAAGCACAACCUCAGCAAGUGGCCUUUUAUUCUGGAACUCAUGAGUUGAGUGCAGCCCCAGCCCAUGGUUUCAGUAUGCAUCAGCCAAGAAUCUCUGGUACUUCAGAAAGCAAUACUCGGCUAAAAGAAAAAGGAGACAGUAGUGGACAGAACCGUGUUAGCAGUGCGAGUACAAAACUGCCACCUCAGGGAACCAUCACACAACAUCAAUAUAAGGAAGACCUGGUUAAUGUAGAGGUCUCUGAUAGAAAAUCCAUCUCUCAAGAUAAUACUGCCCUAAAAACAAGUUACUGUCUACCUCAGCAGAACAAUCAGCUUUCCCCAGAAAACUGUGAGAAAUAUAGUCCUAAAAUGACGGGCAAAAAAGACUGUCACUUAAGUAGUAACGAAAGAAUGAAACCAAGAAAAAACAGUGAUUACUAUGAAGGACAAUAUGAUAACCAUAGUUUUGCACCACAUGAUCUUGCAAACAAGGCUAUGUUAACCAGUAAGUACAGAUCCCAUCCCAAAGAUUAUUCUUGGGAUGAAGAAGAAGACCGUAAGAUAACGCCUCACAUUACACCUAUGUUACAUUCUCUGGCUCAGGAAGGAAGAAAUCGAUCAAUCAGCUCCCCUGAUACCAACGAAAAACAAGAAUCAAGCAAACAAUCACGAAGAAGUGACCGCUUUGCGACAACUUUGAGAAAUGAAAUUCAGCAGAGACGGGCGCGUUUGCAGAAGAGCAGAAGUACAGCAGCACUGACUGAAUCAAAUGAUGGAGAGGAUGCCGAAAACUGGAACCAUGAUUCUCAAGAAAGUGUUACCCCUUCUUCUGAUGGGUCUUUUUCAAACACUUACAAGAAUCAUUUAAAGGAAGCCCAAGCCAGAGUUUUAAGGGCCACUUCUUUCAAGCGCCGUGAUUUAGAGCCCAGUCUUGCAGACCCUUCACUCUCUCCAGAACGGAAAAACCAGGGUUAUAGCAUGUCAAAGCCUAUAUUGCCUCCCGAUGGUGCCUCUUACCAAUUUGACAAUUUUCAACCAAAGCAGAGUACAACAUCAAGCAACUCCCAAAAUGUACCCCGCAUUGGCGGCAGAAAAAGAUUUACAGCACAACAAAAACUUAAAUCCUACUCUGAGCCUGAGAAGAUGAAUGAAGUUGGGAUUUAUGAAGAUGAUACUCAUCAGUCUCAGAACCAAGAUGCCAGUCAAGGAACUGUUGGAUCUUUUGCAGAUAGAUGGAAAUUUUUUGAAGAGACAAGCAAAAGUCCACAACCUCAACCAUCUCCCAAACCACCUUCUGUUACUAUGACGGAAGAAAAAUUUAAUGUCAAGCAUGAAACACAUAACUUUAAGGAUUAUGAAAGAGAAUCUGCCGAAUCAUGGCAUGAGAAAAGGUCUCGGGCUGCAUCUCUAGGAUUUGAACAACUACCUGACAGGGACAGAAAUCAUAAAAAUGGGGUUAGUUAUAAAUCUACUGAUAAUAUUGCACCACACCAAAUUUCGAGGUUAGGCUCCUUUGCGGAAUACGAAGCGUCUUGGAAAGAACAAAAGAAGCCCCUAGAAAGGAAAAAUUCUGGCAGAUGCCAUUCAGCUGAUAACAUUCUUGAUGCUGACUUUGACCAGUCUCAAAAAUCCCAGUACAUGCACGAGAGGUCAAGAUCAUCUCCUACAACAGACUUCUAUGCACAGGGAGCAGUUGUAGGAUCGACGAAGCAGGCGACCAACGAGAGGGAAACUGCUGAGCGCGCUCGCUUGUCACACUGCAGCAAUAGCAGAGAGGGAUCAUCUGCAAGCUUCUUCUCUCCGCAUACGGUGUCUUUCCAGUCUCCUGCUUCAGACCAAUUCUGCGAUCUUUCUGAGCCUCUGAGGAUUGUGGAGACAGAAGAUCAAGGUGAUCAAACAUUAGUAGAUGAGAAUAUUACACGUGGAAGCAAUAGAAGGGUGCCCAAUGAAUCAUCUGAAGUACCAGAUACAUUAAAUGUAUGCCAGCAAAGUAGGGCAAGGUCUGGAACACUGCCUAGUGACUACAGAUUUGUGAAUGAAAAUGUAAGGGGAAGAAGCAAAGAUACCAGCUACUCAGCUGUUCCUAUAUUUGAAUGUCCAUCUAACGUUCGGAAUUCCUCAGAGUUCGGGGAAGAGAAUCGAAGGGAAGACCCAGUACAAGUGACUAAAAAGCGUGGACCAGCUCCUCAAAGACCACCGCCACCAAAACUAGACAAGUACUGGCGGCAGAACGGUUCCACAUCAUCUCUAGCUACUUCUACAGAAUCUUUACUGACAUCAUCUCAUGGAAAAAUUGCAUCUCUUUCCCCGGGUAGCACAGAGGUAAAACCUCAGCCAUCUCCUGUCCACAGUCCUGGGGUGCCUUCAGAUAAACAUUUAAAUGUCCUUUUGCACAGCCCAAGACUUUCUGUAUCAUCAGAGAAUGCCAGCCAGCACCUAGACAAGAAGCCCAUCACCUCUGAGACUGAAGUGUCUUCAAAACCCUCUUCUCUUCAGAAACCUGGGAUGGAGCCAUCACGGUCACCAUCUCCUCAAUUUGCUCCCCAGAAGCUCACAGAUAAGCCUCCCCUUCUAGUUCAGGAUGAAAGCUUGGCCAGAAUUGAAAGAGUGAUAGACAACACAACAGUGAAGAUGGUUCCUAUUAAGAUUGUCCAUUCUGAAAGUCAUGCAGAGAAGGAAAGCAGGAACAACUUGCUGAGUGCCAUUGAGCCACCUGCCUUACCCACUGGUCUCACCAAGGACCAAAUCAAAACUCUCAGCACAUCUGAACAGUCCUAUUCCCGCUUUUGUGCUUAUACAAGACAUGACCAUGAUCCAGAAGACCAGUCCAGAGCAACCAACAGUCAGUUAGUCCAGGAAAUUGUAGAGAGCACAAGUCCUGACCCAUCAGCUGGGAACGCAAUGGGAAAGGAUUUGGUCUAUGCCGAUCUGAAAUCAGAGGAGCUGAUGAGAGAGAUUGUAGGAAAAGAUAAGUCUCUUGCGGACAUUUUAGAUCCUAAUGCCAAAAUGAUGACCACAAUGGACCUUAUGGAAGGAAUAUUUAGAAAGGAUGAACAGCUUCUUGAAGAAGCUCAGCAACGGAGGAAGAUGAAUCCAAAGAUUCCUUCUCCAAGGCCUCCAGAGGAAAAGAAAGAAGAUCCAAAUAAAGCAGCAGCAAUCUCUCUGACAACCAGCUCAACAUACUACAGCACAUCAUCAGCUAAGGCCGAGCUGCUUAUCAAAAUGAAAGAUAUGCAGGAACAUCAGCACAAUGAGGAGAGUUCUGAGGAUGAGCUGGACCACAAUCUGUACGAGAAAAAGCAAGAACUCAUUGACAGCAUCAGUAAGAAGCUACAAGUUCUACGUGAUGCUCGAGAAACUCUCUUAGAAGACAUCCAGUGUAACAAUGCUUUAGGGGAGGAGGUAGAGAUCAUAGUGAAAGAAGUCUGCAAACCAAAUGAAUUCGACAAGUUUCGAAUGUUCAUUGGUGAUCUGGAAAAAAUAGUGAAUCUACUGUUGUCGCUCUCUGGAAGACUAGCUAGGGUGGAGAAUGCCCUAAAUAACCUGGACGAGAAUGCCUCCCCAGAAGAAAGGCGGACGUUAGUUGAGAAGAGGAAGUUGCUGACAAGACAGCAUGAAGACGCAAAGGAACUGAAAGAGAACUUGGAUCGCCGUGAGCGCACCGUCUAUGACAUAUUGGCUAGUUACCUUAAUGAAGAAAACCUUGCAGACUAUGAGCACUUUGUGAAGAUGAAAUCAGCACUCAUCCUCGAGCAGCGGGAACUGGAAGACAAAAUCAAACUGGGAGAGGAACAGCUAAAAUGCCUCACCGAUAGCCUCCCUCCAGAUCGUACCAAGUAGAGAAUGGCAGCGCCAAAGCUGGACUUGUGGCCGGCCUUCCCUGCACGUUUCUUUAUCUCCACCCAUGACUUAAAUCAUUUUGGUGGAUGCAUCACAAGAUACAAAUGCUUCUCACUAGCAAUAAUGUUUUUUGUUUUUGUUUGAUUGGAAGUCUAUAUAUUUAAAUUUUUUUUUUAUUUUAUGAUGGACUCCAUAUUUUAGAUUCAUAGGUGUUUAUGUUAGAGAUGCAAAUUUAAAUGUACAAUUGGAAAUCCUCUGUAUAGUGAACUCUGUUCCAUUAUACUGCAUGUAGCCAUGGUCUCUCCUAUUUUCUCUGUAGCAAACUGUAUAGGAUUUCCCUGCAAUGAAUCAAGUGACCGCAAAUCUGAUCUCAUUGAAAUGUGUUCUAUAUAGAACGGUUGCAGAUAGAUAUAAUUUUUCUGUUUUCGCAUUUUUCGUGUCUGAUCUCAUCCCACCACAGUUAUGCAGAGGUUUUAUUUAUCGGCCUGAAAAUCUGCUGUUAUCUCAUUUUCUCCUGGAGAAAGAUAAUAAACAAUGAAAAACAAAUGGCGUCUAUCUGUAA